AAAUCUAUGCAGAAAGGGAACGUACACCAGCACCACCUGUGACGACUAAAAGUGUAACUUCUCGGCCAGACCCUGUUCGAACGACAGUCGCCCCUCCAACCACGUUGGCUGCACAACAGUAUCUUCCGUCGUGUAAUGACAUCAAGAGGGCGGGCUACACUGAGGACAAUUUCUAUGGCAUCGAUCCCGAUGGUUCUGGAGGUGUCGAGCCCUUCACUGUCAAAUGCGAUAUGACGACUGAGCUGGAUAUAGGAUUGACUAUUGUUCAGCACGCUAAAAAAUCCCCAGUGCGCGUUAGAAAUCGUGACAAGCCCGGACAAUUUGAAUUCCGACCAGACUACCAAGUGACGACAAAUCAACUUAAAAAACUUGUGAUGAACUCCCGUUCAUGUAGGCAGUAUGUAGCC